AUGAGGGUACUUCUACAAACGACCAUGCGCAAUUUGACGGUGUUAACGAUCUUUUUGCUGACCACAUCGAUCGCUUGGGGGCAAUGGAGAACGAAUCAGAGAUCGCACACGCUUUCGGUUCUCCCGAAGAAUUCGACCUAUCGACUGUGUUCCGAUUUUUGGGAUUUGAGCAGAUUCAAGUCGUUCUUGAAGCCGAUCCUUGUACCGAGAAUUGUUGGCACGCCACAGCAUAGACAAGUCGGCGAUUUCCUCCAAAAAACGAUGCAGGACAUGGGAUGGCACACCGAGUGGGACGAAUUCACCGACAACACACCUUAUGGAGUGAAACCUUUCAGAAGUCUGAUCGCCACCUACAAUCCACAAGCGGCUCGUCGGCUCGUCUUGGCGUGCCAUUAUGACAGCAAGAUCUUACCUGGGCAAACCUUCCUGGCCGCUACCGAUUCGGCGGUUCCAUGUGCAAUGAUGCUCGAUGUUGCGAAAACUCUCACUCCUUACAUGUAUCGACAAGUUGCACAGGACGUUUCUCUACAACUUCUUUUCCUUGAUGGGGAGGAAGCUUUUGUUGAAUGGACAGCAACCGAUUCUAUCUACGGGGCAAGGCAUUUGGCAUCAAAAUUGGAGAAUAAAUGGUAUCCCACCAGCAGCUCGGCGAGCAAUUUUGAGUUGAGUCGCGAGAUCGACAGAAUUGAUGUGUUCAUGCUUCUCGAUCUCCUCGGUGCGCCAAAUCCACGAAUUCAAAACGCGAAUGGCCUCGGAGCGACGCAAUUGUUCGCCGAACUUCCAAAUAUUGAGAGUGAAAUCCGUCAAAUGAAUUGUGUCUCGCAAAGGAUUCCGCAAGUUUUCAGCGGGAAUGUCGUUUAUCAAGCAGUCGAAGACGAUCAUAUUCCUUUCAGAAAUCGAGGCGUUCCAAUUCUUCACUUGAUAGCCGCACCUUUUCCGAGUGUUUGGCAUCAACCGACUGACAACGAGAAUGCCAUUCACUAUCCGACAAUUAAAUUGUUGACAUCGGUUGUUAGAAUCUUUGCCGCCAAAUACCUCGGCAUUGCUCCGUUG